AUGGUGGGAAUCAAAUACAGGAAAAACUUUUGUGACAAGAUGCUCCGUCGUACACAGCAACGUGCGAUCUCUCAGUACAAAUUUGGUCAGCCGUCACUGACGAGGGCAUUCGGCCCCGUGCCGCGCGAACGUCAGGUGGCGCAGGCAGGGAAAUUUAUGUCCACAAAACUUCCGAACGGUGUUCGUGUGGUAUCACAUGAUUUGGACGGCGCUCAUAGCGUCGUGGGUGUCUACGUGGAGGCGGGUCCAAAGUACGACCCGCUGGGCUGCCCUGGACUGAGCCACGUGAUGCGUUACGCCAUUCAGACGUCCAACAUGGAUAGUUCUCUGUUCCAAGUGGACCGUACGAUGCGGUCAACAGGCAAUGCCUACGGCCAUGGCGAGAUCUGCAAGCGAUAUAUACAUUGGAAGACGGAGGGACGACGUGACAUGUGGGAAAAACCCUUUGCAAUGAUCGCCACAGGGGUAGUGGCGCCUCGCUUCCAUGAGAGUGAUUUGGAGCGCUUCCGAGACACGAUGGACAACCAACGUGAGGAGCUGCGUUGGCAAAACCCACGUGAAUACUGUGUGGACGCCCUCGAAACGGUGGCGUUCUUUAAGGAGCCACUCGCAUCCCCUCGCAUGGUGCCACCGGAAUCAAAUGACCGCUGCAACCAGAAGGUACUCUUGGACCACUGGGCAGCAUACUUCCAGCCUGGUAACAUCACUGUAGCGGCCGUAAACAUUCCGCAUGACGCGCUAUUGGCGGCGUACACAUCAUUGCCGUAUCCACAUUCCGCUGAAGCCCCGCAUCACGCAAGGUCCCGUCCACCAACCCUUUCGCACGCGAGUGAGUCCGCGCAAUUCUAUCCUGGCCGUCAAUAUAUCGUAUAUGAGGACCGUGCCAAGAACAUGGGCACGGUACCGGACAUGAAAGAGGAGGUUAUUGCCGCCUUGGGUGCUCCAACGUUUGGACGCGAUGAAGAUGUAAAGAAGUAUGCAACGGCGCUUGUGGCACGAGAGGUGUAUCAGGCUUCCAUUGAGAGUGUCAUGCCGGCAGCCCUCACCACAUCCCAUGGUGUGCAGUCAUUCUACCGUCCAUAUUCAUCCGCCGGCCUUAUCGGCAUCACGAUCCGUGGGGCACCAAAGGAAAUUGCAGGUUUUCUAGAUGCUGCAAGAGGAUGUUUUCCAAUUAAAGUGAAGGACGACGAAGUUGCCGCCGGACGUGCUCGUGCCGCCAUGGCCUUUACAAGAAAUCACCUGGAUAUGGUGCGUGAUUACUGCGACUUUAUUGCCACUUUAAGCGUCACACCGCAACAGCUGAUGGAAGCCAUUGGAGCGGUUUCAGCCGGUGAAGUGGACGCGGCUUUAAGGACCCUAAGCGCUGUGCCGCCCGCUGUCUUUGUCACUGGUUCCACCUUCACAUUCCCGAAGGUGCCAAGUCUCAAAAAAUAG